GAACCGGGAGGUGACCAGACCGCGAAGCGUGCGCCUAAAAGCGAAAUCUCUUUCGCCUUUACCUUCCCUCCUCUCCCGAUCUCGACUGCGAUCCGGCAGUCCAGCGCGUCGUCGAUCAGAUUCUUCCAACCCGAGGCACUAUGGCUAGCAAACGGAUUCAGAAGGAACUAAUGGAUUUGCAGAGGGAUCCUCCAACAUCAUGCAGUGCUGGACCUGUUGGUGAAGAUCUGUUCCAUUGGCAGGCAACAAUCAUGGGUCCCUCAGAUAGUCCUUAUGCUGGCGGGGUGUUCUUUGUUAAGAUACAUUUUCCACCUGACUAUCCAUUUAAGCCUCCGAAAGUCAAUUUCCAGACAAAGGUUUAUCACCCAAACAUCAACUCGAACGGAAGCAUCUGUCUUGACAUCCUCAAGGAGCAGUGGAGCCCAGCGCUGACAUUAUCGAAGGUCCUCCUCUCCAUCUGCUCCCUUCUCACAGACCCCAAUCCUGAUGAUCCUCUCGUCCCUGAGAUUGCUCACAUGUAUAAGACACAGAGUUCUCGCUAUGAGGAGACGGCUAGGGCAUGGACCCAGAAGUAUGCCAUGGGCUAAUCUGACCAACUCAAGUCCAAACCAUGUGGAAUGUCUUUGUGAGAACCAUGAAGAUCAAAUCUUCUGUUUCAUGUUGUGUGAGGGGACUGUUCUAAAACAUCAAACCUGAGUUCAUGGCAUGGCAUGAUGUGAAUGUACAAAAUCCAAAAUGGGAUGUCGAAUGUGUUUGUGAUAACUAAGAAGAUGAAAUCUUCUGUUUCAUGAUGUACAGAGAGGAUUGUUCUGAAACAUCAACCUGAGCAAGCUCAUGGCAUGCUCUGGAUGUAUAUUAGUUUGGAAUUGGAAUACUCGGAUGCAGGUUUUUCUCUUGAUA